CUGCCGCUUCUGGGACCUGGCGCUGAGGGAACACGCCGCCGUCAACAAGCUCUGGCACCGCCCCGCCGCUGGAGCCGCCCCACGCGCCGCCUUCCCAGUUCGCGGGGGAAACUAGUGGCUUCGAAAUUUCCCAUGAACUCCGCCUCCCGAAAAAUCUUCCUUUGGGACCGAAACCCCAAUGCGUGGAACAAAGUCGCGCCCGGCCCGGGACCCAGACAGCUGCGGAGUGAAACUGACAUGCUCAGCAGUCACAUGUAUCUUGUCAGUUUCCUUCCAGGCCCAACCAGGAGCCAUCCUUUUUGAUUUUUCCUGAAAGGAAUUUAUGAUGAAGCAUUAAGCAGCUUCUUUAGAAAUGUGGAUACCAGAAAUGGUGGUGAUGGUGCUGAUAUUCACAAAGGAAAAAUCUUCUCUUUAAAAGCACGAGCUCUCUUGAUUGACAUGGAGGAGGGUGUAGUGAAUGAAAUUCUGCAGGGGCCAUUGAGAGAUGUCUUUGAUAGCAAGCAGCUCAUCACAGAUGUUUCUGGUUCAGGGAACAACUGGGCUGUAGGUCAUAAACUGUAUGGCUAUCAGUACCGGGAACACAUUGUGGAAAAACUGAGGAGGACUGCAGAACACUGCGAAUGUCUGCAGUGUUUUUUUGUAAUUCAUUCAAUGGGAGGUGGGACAGGAUCCGGUCUUGGUACUUUUGUACUAAACGUGCUUGAAGAUGAGUUCCCGGAAGUAUAUAGAUUUGUUACAUCAGUUUACCCUUCUGGGGAGGAUGAUGUCAUUACUUCUCCAUAUAAUAGUGUUCUGGCUAUGAAGGAACUUAAUGAGCAUGCGGACUGUGUGCUGCCAAUUGAAAAUGAAUCUUUAUUUUCUAUAGUUAGUAAAAUUCAUCAGAUGACCAAUUCUGGAAAGCUAGGAUCAACUGUGAAACAAAACAGCUUGUUAACCUCAAGUGCAGGCAGUAUCAAAACUGAACAGGAGAAGCCAUUUGAUGCUAUGAACAAUAUUGUGGCCAACUUGCUGCUGAACCUGACAAGCUCUGCCAGGUUUGAAGGUUCCCUUAAUAUGGAUCUUAAUGAAAUCAGCAUGAAUUUGGUUCCCUUUCCUCGACUUCAUUACCUGGUUUCCAGCUUGACUCCUCUGUAUACAUUGGCUGAUGUUAAUGUACCUUCUAGAAGGUUGGAUCAAAUGUUUUCAGAUGCUUUCAGCAAAGACCACCAGUUGAUUCAAGCAGACCCAAAGCAUAGCUUGUACCUUGCCUGUGCACUUCUGGUUCGAGGAAAUGUACAGGUUUCAGACCUUCGCAGAAACAUUGAAAGGUUGAAGCCUUCCCUUCAUUUUGUCUCAUGGAAUCAAGAAGGUUGGAAAACUGGCCUAUGUUCAAUACCUCCUGUGGGCCAUUCUCACUCACUGUUGGCAUUAGCAAACAACACUUGUGUGAAACCGACCUUUACAGAGCUCAAAGACAGAUUCAUGAAGCUGUACAAGAAAAAGGCUCACCUUCACCAUUACUUGCACAUUGAUGGGAUGGAGCAAAGCUGUUUCUCCGAAGCCAUAUCAUCCUUGUCAGAUCUAAUAGAGGAGUAUAACCAGCUAGAUGCCACUAAAAGUGCGCCUAGAACAUAUCCCUCAAGACUGAAGAUAGCUAUGUAACAGAAGAAGAAUUGUUCUUAUUUGCAGAACAACAGACUGCCUAAGCUAACUGGAUGGGUUGUGAAGCACCUAGGACUAAUCAUUCCACAGGGUUCCUGGUACUGUCCCUCUCCAGGCUGACUGGGAGUGUUGUAUCAGGUGCUCAGCCUGUGGAAAAGGGACCAACAUAUACUGCACACUAGCAGAGUAAGUAGAGAUCACAUCUGCCAGGAGGAGAGAAGGGAGGAAUUAUAACAGCCCAAAAUGGAGUUGGUGAACUCCGUGGACCAACUUGCGCUAAUUGAUCCCUGCUUUGGAGCAGAGUCCCCUGGGUAUAAGAUACACGAGGGAAGGGAAAUCCUACAUUUCCUUUUUUGAGAUGAAAGGCAUCUAGUGUGUCAUUUCUGAAGUUCCUAAUAUCCUAGAAAAUUUAUUUCCAAAAUGAUGGUCUAAGUGAUGUGUGUCACUAUUCACAACUUAGUGUUGCUUCAUCAUUGUAUUUAGAUGUAAUUGAACUAAAAUUUUCCAAGUUGAUAUUAAAACUGGCAAUAUCAAGAAUAAUUUGACAAAACGAAUGUAUCAAGUACAAUCCUAAUAUAUCGUAUAAUAAUGCUUCACCUUUCAUGAACUGUAGAUUGCACUAAUGUUGGUUUAUGUACUGAUGGGGAUAAGAGGCUAGCAUAGUAUGCUGCCUCUUUAUCCAAUAACUGUGAUCAUAUGUACUUAAGAUAUGGAUUGUUUGGUGAACGAAGAUUAUAGUCUUAAAAGAACCUAAUUAAAAUAGAAGCAUAUUUUAAAUAUAUAAUUAAAGAGAUUUUUGUAUUAUGAUCAGACUAUAUUUAUAAACAGUUGUCUUAAUAACAACUCUUAUAUUUUUGCAGAAUAAAAUAUGCGGAUAUUCAGAA